AUGUUGGAUAUCGAUCUUUUUCGAACAAAUCCGGAGAUUAUUCGAGAAUCUCAGCGCCGGAGAUUUGCCAACGUUGAAGUCGUUGAUGAGAUAAUCAUUCUCGACAAAGAAUGGCGUCAAGAUGUGACUGAGAAGAUUCAGCAAAUAGACAUUAUCAAACAACAAUCUACCGAGAAAGAGGCGACGGUUCUCAAAGCUUUUGCUGCUUUGAACGCCAAAUUGGCGACAGUCGGAAAUCUUGUCCAUGACUCAGUUCCAAUUAGUAAUGAUGAGGCAAAUAAUCUCGUGACUAAAAUUUGUGGCGAAAGGCGGGUUGCUUCACCUUGUCAGGAGCUGUACAACCAUGUGGAUCUUGUUAAGCUUCUCGGUAUUCUUCCGGUCGUCGAUUUUACAAGUCGAGGCCUUAAACCGGGAACUGUCGAGUGGGAUUCGGUGAGAGGCGAUGUACGAAAAGCUGUAGAAGAUUACGGAUGUUUUGAGGCCUUGUUCGAUAAAGUCCCCGUUGAAGUUCGAAAGGCGGUUUUCGAUGCUUCUGAAGAGGUUUUCGAGCUACCAUUAGAGACCAAACAGAGAGUUGUGUCCAAGAGAAAAUACAGAGGAUACGUGGGUCAGAUUCCAACGUUGCCUCUUUUCGAAGUCAUCGGCAUUGAUUUUGCAGAAAAUGCGGAGAAAGUCAAUGCCUUUACUCACAAGCUCUGGCCCAAAGGAAACACUAGUUUCAGCGAGGCGGUUAUGUCAUUCACGGAGAAAGUAGCAGAACUGGACUCCAUGACCCGGAGAAUGAUAAUGGAGAGUUUCGACCUCGAUGAAAACUACAUAAACAAACAUUUGAAGUCGACGAAAUGUCUCAUACGAUUGAUGAAAUACCAAGGAGUUGAAGAAAUAGAGGAAGAGUUAGGUAUGGAGGCUCAUACAGACAGAAACAUGCUCACUAUACUUUGCCAAAACGACGUAAAAGACGGACUCGAAGUGAAAACUAAAGACGAUAAGCAUUGGAUCAAAGUUAAUCCUUCUCGAGACUCUUCAUUUAUCGUUCUUGGCGGAGCUAUGCUACACGUACUUUUGAAUGGUCGGGUGCUUACUGGUGUUCAUCGAGUAAUGAGGAUGGGAACGAACACGAGAUUCUCAGCUGGAUUGUUCUCUGUUCCGAAAACCGAGGAUUUGAUAUAUGCACCAGAUGAAAUGGUUGAUUCUGAGCAUCCUCGCUUGUAUAAACCCAUUGAUUUUGAAUCAUACUUUCAAUAUACCAUUGAAGGAUUUGGAAGGAGAGAUCUAUCUGCUCUCAGGACUUAUUGUGGUCUCUAA